AUGUUGAGGCCAUUUAGAGGGAUUCGUCAGAUCCAAAGGUGGCAUAGUAAUGGAGUUGUGAAGAUGGCAUACGUAAGACAUGGAGAUGUCACCGAAAACACCCCGUUUGUUAUUUGCCACGGGCUGUUUGGCCAAAAACAAAAUUGGAAUUCGGUAGGAAAGGCCCUGGCCAAAAGAAUGGGCACUCCGGUCUACGCGAUUGACUUUCGAAAUCAUGGAGAAAGUCCCUGGACCAAGGAGCACACCUAUCCUUUGAUGGCUGAAGAUCUGGCGGUCUUUCUCGAGGAUGUGGCCAAGGAAACUGGCCAGAAUAAAAUCAAUCUUCUUGGCCAUUCUAUGGGUGGAAAGGUGGUCUCUUAUUUGGCCCUUCAUCCUCAACUCAAUGGAAGUCUGAACAAGUUGAUAGUUGAAGACAUAUCCCCUCAUCGUGAGAGCUCAGAAUCCCUUUUCCUUGGUUAUGUCGACGCUCUUCAGAAGGUUAAUCUUAAACAGGAGAGAGCUCAAAUACUGGAACAACUUGAAGAUGUGAUUCCUGAUCUGACAGUCCGACAGUUUUUAUUAACUAAUCUAAUUCGUAGUAAGGAUGGAUUCAGAUGGAAAAUGAACCUAGAAGCGAUUGGAGGUGCUCUAAGUCAUAUUUUGUCUUUCAAGCUGGUGGAAAAAGCGUUCGAUGGGCCUGUCUUGUUUAUUUAUGGAGGUAGAUCGGAUUAUUUCUUAGAACAAGACAAACCCCAGGUCAAGAUCUUGUUUCCCAACGUCCAAUUUGAAGUCAUUCCAGACACCGGCCACUGGCUUCAUGCUGAAAAUCCACAGUUAUUCAUGGAUAAGGUUGUCGAUUUUCUUCAAACCUAA